AGAGCAGCGUCGCUUUGUUUAAGCUCCCGUAAGCCAUUGCUCAUAGAACUGCCAUCGCCUCGUAAUGAGCUAUGAAAUCUGCUGCUUUUCACGGUCGAAAGGCAGCGGAACAUCCUUUUCUUACCUUUUCUUUAGGAUCUGGAGCAGGCAGUCUGGGAGAAUGCUAACCACUGGUCCUUAGAAGUGUGUCCUGAUUUCUGAGCACUUAUAUUAAAGAAAAAUCCCCAUUUCAGAGAGAGAACAAGACUGUGUGAACGUAGAGGAUACCACACCCCAUCUUAAAAAAAGAGAAGAUCAAGUCUGGAGUUUCUCUGACUUCGUCUGAAAUUGUAGGCAUGAUCAAUUUGUUUAAGAAACCUUACAAGAAAAAAGCAGGCAAGUUCCAGCCUUUCAAGAAGCUCUUCGGCAAGAGGAAGAAAAGAGAGCCGGCGUCGGAGGGCGAGGAAGCCAAACUGAAGCCCAGCCACUCCUUCGGCAACGUCUGCAACGGCACCUUCUCCUCCGAUGAAGAGCCCAACGGUGGUCUGAGGUCUUCCCAUUAUUCUAUGGGCAGUCGAGCUUUUUCCCAUGACAGUAUUUUUAUACCUGAUGGGAGAACAGAGAGCGAACAGGCCGUCCAAGAAAUGUCACAGGAGAACGUUUUAGGAAAAGUCAAAACUCUUCAGCAACAGUUGGCCAAGAAUAUAAAAUUUGGGCAGCCUCCACAAAUGACAGUUUCUGUGAGGACAAUGGGGGAGGCAAACGCUAGUACAGAAGAGGAUGUGCUGCUCGGCAGCCCCAUGGAGAUGGAGACUCAGCAGGACGCGGUGAUCUCAGGCAGCGGUAAUAAAUCCACUGACACUCCAGAUUUGUUGAGAGCAAUGACUUUGCCUGGACCAGGACGUGACGUGGAAGAAAAGGUCACUCCGGUCAAAUCAUCUCGGCCAAAAAGACAAUUUACCUAUUCUGGCACAAUUGAAACAAUCAAUUUGGAUGCAGUUCCCCAGGCUGUUGCUCGUCUAGACAACAGUGCAGCUAAACACAAGCUGUCAGUGAAGCCAAAAAAGCAGAGGAUGUCAAGAAAGCACAAGAGAUUAACAAAGGGAUCUCAAAGUCUAACAAUAACAGAAUUUGAGCCAGAGGACCUAGAACCUGAGCUGUUUGGAGACAGAUACCCUGGUUAUAAUGGACACAUCAUAGCAGAGAAGCUAAUCCAGAACAGAGAUGAGCAGAAGCAGCUUCAGCUGGUGGAGGAGAAAAGAAUUGAAGAUCACUGGGGGAUCUUUGAGGCUGAAAGGAUAAGGCAGAUUGUAGAAAUGGAAGAACAAAGAGAAAUGGAAGAACAAAGGUGCCAAGAACUUGAGCAGAUGCACAAAGAGCAGGAGAGAAGGCGUUAUGAAGAAGAAAGGAGGCAGUAUCUCCAUGAAGGAGAGACACCUUUGGAAACAGAAAAGAAGACAUGUCAUAAAGAGGGGAGAAGACUGCAGAGGCAGAAUGAGUUGGAGGAGCAACAGGAAUUAGAGGUGGAGGAGCAGAAGCACCAGGAACAAGAGGAGCAACAGAGACGAGAGCUUGAGGAGCAGAAGCGCCAGGAACAAGAGGAGCAACAGAGACAAGAGCUUGAGGAGCAGAAGCGCCGGGAACAAGCGGAGCAACAGAGACGAGAACUUGAGGAGAAAAAGCGCCGGGAACAGGAGGAGAAAAAGAGACAAGAGCUGGAGGAGCAGAAACGCCGGGAACAAGAGGAGAAAAAGAGACAAGAACUGGAGGAGCAGAAGCGCCGGGAACAGGAGGAGCAGAGACGUCAGGAGUUGGAGCAGCAGAAGAGGCAAGAGCUGGAGGAGCAGAAACGCCAGGAACGGGAGGAGCAGAGACGUCAGGAGUUGGAGCAGCAGAAGAGGCAAGAGCUGGAGGAGCAGAAGAGGCAAGAGCUGGAGGAACAGAAACGCCGGGAACAGGAGGAGCAGAGACGUGAGGAGCAGAGACGUCAGGAGUUGGAGCAGCAGAAGAGGCAAGAGCUAGAGGAGCAGAAACGCCGGGAACGGGAGGAGCAGAGACGUGAGGAGCAGAGACAUCAGGAGUUGGAGCAGCAGAAGCGCCGGGAACAGGAGGAGCAAAAGAGGCAAGAGCUGGAGGAGCAGAAGCGCCGGGAAGAGGAAGAGCAGAGACAUCAGGAGUUGGAGGAGCAGAAGAAGCAGGAGCUGGAGGAGCAGAAGCAUCAGGAAUGGGAAGAGCAGAGGCGCAAGGAGCUGGAGGAGAAACAGAGACGAGAGCUGGAGGAGCAGAAGAAGCUAGAGCUGGAAGAAUUAAGGCAACAUGAGAUUAAAAAACAGCAUGAAGAAGAAGAAAGAAAUUGGCUGGAGGAACAAAAAGAACUCACGAAAAAGAAUAAGGAAGAAAAACAGAGACAAGAGCUAGAAGAGAAAGAACUUCAAGAAGCUGAAAUAAAACUGAAGCAGGAGAAAGAAGCUGAGAGCUUCAACCUACAGAAGAAAGAGGAGGAACAAAGGCAGCAUUUGAAGGAGAAAGGAGAAAAGACAGAGAAAAAACAACCCCAGCAGGUAACAGAAAACAAAAAGAAACAAGAAGAGCAGAGAAAACACAAGCUCACAAAACAAAUGCACAUGGAAAGUGCAGAUGCUAUGCAACAAGAUGAACUGAAGCAGCAAAGGGAACAAAACCAACAUGAAUGGAACAAGCUGAAAGAGCAGGAGGUAGGCACAGGACAAAAUUUUCAGCAAAACCAACAAGAAAAGUCCUUGAAACAGCAACAGGACAAGGACCAGUUGUGUUCUGGAGGGGCUGAUAGGCAUCCAGUAGAGGAGAAGCUCCAAGAAGGUUCAAGAGCCCAAAAACUCAAACAGCCAGAAAAAGGCAAUAAAACAGCAGAAGAAGUCCUAGCCCAGAAAUUGAAAAGAGAGGUUGAAGCUCAGGAGCAGAAGCGAAUAGGGGAAGAACUUAGGUGGCAAGAGGUAGACGAAAGGCAGACUGCGUCCAGACCCUUCACGUUUCAAGUGUCUUCUGGAGAUAAACAGAUCAUAUUUCAGAAAGUAAAUCUGAGUCCAGUCAUGCCCGCCAAAGGAGCAUCUUCUCCAUCCGUCAAAGACUACAGGACACACACCUCCAGCAAGGGCUCCCACACACUCCCAUCAUCUGUGUGUGUGCCCCACACGGCUAUUUUGGUUACGGGAGCACAGCUGUGUGGCACCGCCGUCAACUUGAACCAGAUAAAGGACACGGCUUGUAAAUCCUUACUUGGCUUAACGGAAGAGAGAAAAAACGUGGAUAUUCCUUCACCAGAGAAGGCCCAGAAAAAACCCCAGGAGCCCAAGCCCAGCAGCAGUAAAAUGAAAUAUGCUCAGGAGGCGUUGAACAACCAGGCUGUGCUUGCUGAGUGGGCUUCCAUCCGCUCCAGGAUCCUAAAGAACGCCGAAAACAGCAAAUACAACGAGAGAGACCGGGUAAACGCCUGCAGACACAGCGAUGACUGGACACCCCGAGGGAGGGGUGGCCCCCACGGCAACUUGAGGAAAACCCUCUCAGCAAACGCGAAGUUCUCCAUAACACCAGCGUGGCAAAAGUUUUCAGAAGCUUCAAAAACCAGUUUGGAUGGGGAGAAUGUAAGCGCGGCGAAAGGCAACGAAACGGCGGCUGUGGGAAGAAUCACUGGGCCAUCCACCGAUUCAAAGGAGGAUGUGGCUUCCACUUUCAAGGAUAACUUGGCUGAAAAGGCUAAGGAGAAAAUGGAAACGCGCAGUGAAGUGACAGACAACACAGAGGGCUGCAAAUUUGCAAAAGAUCUUCCGUCUUUCCUUGUUCCAAGUUUUCCUCAUUCUCCAGGGAAGGAAUUACCCCAGGCGGAACUUCCCGGUGCCCCGGAAAACCAGCAGAACAACAGCACAAAAAAAGCAGACAAACCAACACCCAACGGAGAAGAGAACGUUUCUCCUUUUGGGAUCAAGUUGCGAAGGACAAACUACUCUUUACGUUUCCAUUACGAUCAACAGGCAGAGCAAAGGAAAAAGAAAAGAUACAGUGCAGGAGACAGUUUUGAGGGUAUGCCGGACCCACUAGUUGCGGCAGAAGGUGAGAAAGAAUCCGCAGUUUUCGCUCCACAAGAGAGCACAUCCCCAAGGGUGGGGAGAGCGAACGACCACGGUAUUUUAAAAGACUCCAAAGACUCUUCAGUUACUGUGGUGGGGAUUUCACAACCGGCGGGUCCACCAGUGGUCCCUCCUGCCACUCACCCUCAUGAGAAACCAGCGUGCAAGUUGCUGGUGUCACAGAAACCUGCUCUGGCUCCAAAGCCCACCAGCCAGACCCCGCCGUCCUCUCCUCUCUCUAAACUGAACCGAUCCAACCCGGGGGACACGCCGGGGCAGAGGCUGGUGAAGGCUGAAUCGGACGUCGGCUGGAGAAAAGAGGACCGAGGAAAUGCAGCACAACCAGCACCAUCCCCUGAGUAUAAAAACGAAGAGGAAGAAAUCAGAGAAAAGAAGUCGUUUUUCCCAUCGAUAAGUAUUCCGUGGAGAGAAAAAAAUGACAAAAAGCCUGAGCCAGUGAAGAAAGAAAAGCCCGUCCUCCAGAGCAGGCACUCUUUAGAUGGCUCUAAAUUGAUGGAAAAAGUUGAAACUUCACAGCCCCUUUGGAUUACGUUAGCGCUGCAAAAGCAGAAGGGCUUCCGCGAGCAGCAAGCUACGAGGGAAGAGAGGAGACAAGCCAGAGAGGCCAAGCAAGCAGAGAAGCUGGCGAGAGAAAAUGCUGCUCUAAAUAAUCAGUCAGAAAAUAAAAGCAGCGGCAGCAGCAAGACAAACACACUGCAGAAAUCUACGACGCAAGAAGGGGAGAAGAAAAUCGAGACCGCUGUGUCACGACUAGAGAGGAGGGAGCAGCUGAAGAAGUCCAACACCCUUCCAACUUCUGUGACAGUGGAAAUUUCAGAUUCUGUUCCAUCCAACCCCCUGGCAAAGGAGGUGGCCAAGAGAUUCUCCACACCUGAUGCUAACCCCGUGUCCACAGAACCAGCCUGGCUGGCCUUAGCCAAGAGGAAAGCAAAAGCCUGGAGUGACUGUCCACAGAUCAUAAAGUAAACUGUAAAAUUACAUCUCUGUUGCUGACUAUUAAUUGCUUUCUUUUUAUUUAUUCAGCUUUUUACACACAACAAACCUGAAAAUGCAUGUAUUGAAGGACUGAAAACUGAACUGAUUGCCGUUUUGCUCUAGCUCACUGUAAAGUCUACUCAAGUCAUAUAGUCCAUUGCUUUGACAAAUAGCUAAACGAGGUCACGGCAAAAAUUUCAGAGCCAGAUUCUCUCAAAAACUUAAGUAUGCUCAGAUACUGGAUGUAAAUUUUAGCGAGUAUCAUAAAAAGGGCCAGAGCUUUGGUUCAGAAACUCUUUAGAUUCCGUGGGUAUUCGGUUCUGGAAUUUUAGAUCUCUGCGCUUAAGUAGAGAUCUCAGAAAUUUGCUUUCAAUACUCCAUUGUUGAAAAUAAAGGCAAGAUGCAUGUUCCCUUCUCUUAUUCCUAAAUUAUUUUUUAAGUGUUAAACUGUAUGAACUGUCAGUUCUAUCUGCUAUUUGAAAGAUCCUUCCCUCAUGAAGAACUUGGGGAGAUAUCUUUCCACCUGCAAAUGAAGAGUAGAGAGAUGGCACCAUCCAAAGGCUGAGGUAAUUUCCUUCCUCACAGGAUUCAUACACUAUGUCUGUAUUCCCUCAUUCCUAGGAAGAAAACAAUUCAUCAUACCUAGCAAAAAACCCCCAUUAUUUAAAUAAAAAUCAGAAAGUUUUCAGAAAGAAGGCAGUGAGUCAGUGUUUCUUCUAGUCAUUUAAGUGCAUCACUGUUUGUGCUUGGCCAUAUUUAAGACGCACAGAGACAGUGAUUGCAAAUCAUUACUUUGAAUCAAUCGACUGGAAUGAAGAUAAGCAGAACUAUUCCUGUGCUCAUGUAGCUGCAGAAUUAGUCUCAGUGAGUUCCCACAGGAGUAAGAGUCACAGAGCUGAAGUUAACAGAGAACUUAAAAUGAAGUCAGCAAGAGUCUCAGGAGUUUUAACUCUGGAUUCUUCCUGAUUUUACUCCAUGUGCAACUGCAGGUAGUUCAGGUGAUGAACUUGCACUUUGACCAACACAGCCAGAGCACUUCAGAAAGAAGUUUACUUACCCCAUCUCAGGUAUCUGCUGUGGCAAUUGAACACUUUAUUACUUCUUGUCACUAAAACAGAAAUGGUCACCCCCUCCCUCUCACAAAAAAGGAUAAAGUCCGUAAUGUAAUAAAAUUUUUACUAUGCUCAGCAUCCCAUAGAAAUAGCAAGGUCUACACUUCAAAAAGUCACCCUAGUAAAUAAACCUGUAACACACCUGACUUUGUUGUACAGGGAAGUCUUUAACAAACUUGAACAUCUCCUUCUUAUAACUGUAAGGCUCCAAGGAGCCUUUAAGCCCACAACAUCAUAAAGGGAGAGAUUUUCAGGAGAAGAAACUGCAUCAUUACAGAAUGAUACCACAUAUGUUUCGUGGAAGUACUUCAGCCAAACUGCUGUAUGCAGCAUGAGAGGCAGCACUUUAAAUUAUUGCAGAAAACAGAACGAAACCUGCCAGAUCCUCCUGUUCCAAGAAUCAAAAAGGGCUCGUCAGCAAAAGUCAUUACUGAAUACACUAUUUCCCACCAAACAGAACCAAAGGCUGCAGCACCACGGUUACAAUAGCACAAACACAACGCACACCUUAGAUGGAGUAGAUGUGCAGCAGCAAGAAUGGGCAUUUUGGGUCUCAAGCCAUCAGUUUUGCUCAGUUUCAUAUGUAAAACCAGAAUCUCUACAGCAACUUUUUACCCUUAAUAUAAGUAUUUAAAAUGUUUUAUACAGAGUCGGGAAACAAAACCCCACCUAACGCCUUCAAAGUCCUAUCUCUGCAAGUUUAGCUGAAGAAAGAAUUGGGCCCAUAAUUAUUUUUGCUCUGUGAGCACCAUGAAUUAGUGCUUCUUAAGGUAAAUUUACACUUUUUCUGAGUUUAUAAGCUUGUAGUAUGCAUUUAUAAUUGCAAGAACUAAACUGCCUGAAGUCCAUCUUUAUGAUUAUUUCUUGGCAAAAGGAGCCAGGCAGAAAUAUGGAGAAGGUGAAGUAAAUCAGGAUUAAAGAAUUAAAGAUACCGGUAUUCUGAAAAGCAUAGCAAAAUUAGGUGCUAUUGUGCAUGACAUAAGGAUGCAAUUUUCCAAUACAAUACAUUUAUAGCACAUAGGAUAGAGCUUUCAUUAAGGAUGGUCUUAAUCUAAAGCUUCAAAGCAAGGUUUUUUUCAACCAUAAAGGUAUCUAGUGUAAUAAUGGAAACUGUAUUAUGUACAGUACUUGGUGGAAACAUUUCUAAAGUGUACAUGUUCAACAGUGACAUUUCAUGUUAAAUUUACAAAAAUUUGCACUAAAGACCAAUGAAGUGAAGUGUUACUUUGCUUUAGCUUUGUUGCAACCGUUUCUGGUAAAGUGUUGGAAAUCUGUAAAAAUAAAACCAAAACAUUACUACCAAGUUGAAAACAGCAAAAAUGUUUUAAGAACCGAACAAACCACUAUGUAGUAUAUUGUCUCAAUUUUUUUGUAACUUAUACACACAAAAUACCAUUUCUUCUGACAAGGUUAUAUACGAUUAACCUCUAUGUUCAUAUAGUAAUGUAUAAAAGCUAUAAGAUGUAUAAUUGUGGGGUAUCUGUUGUGUACUUUUUUAAUUUUUCAAAUGUUUUAAAGUGCAAUUGUUUAUUAUACUAAUGUCAUUUUAAUUCUUAUUAAACUAUAACCCAGUCAAAAUUAUCUAAUCCAUAA